AUGCUCGGAAGCAUUGAUAGACAUUGCCCUAAUGCAUGGCGAGGUCAAUUUACACGAGACGAUCAUAGACAUCCAACAAUAAUACCAGAGGUUGCUUCUUCACAAGAUAUGUGGAUUUGGCAUGCUUUCUUUGAUGUUCCUUGUUCGCAAAACGACCUUAACGUCAUCCAUCAAUCAGAGAUCUUCAACGAUGUCAUACAAGGAACCGGUCCAGACACCAGAUUUACGGUUUUGGGGAUGGAAUACAGGCGCGGGUAUUAUCUUGCUGAUCGAAUAUACCUAUUAUACUCUACAAUCAUAAAAACUAUUUUGCACCCAUCAGACAAAAAAAGAAAGAAACUUGCCAAGUUUCAAGAGGCGGCAAGAAAGGAAAUUAAACAGUGUUUAGGGGUUCUACAACAGAAAUGGCACAUCAUUGAAUGCCCGUCACGUGCUUUUACACCAAAAAAGUUGCGAUGCUGUAUGGAUGCCUGUAUCUUGAUACAUAACAUGAUCAUCGAAGAUGAAGGUAGAAUGAUUUGUGUGUACGACGAAAAUGCGGUUAACGAGAAUUAUGUUCCGAUGAUUUACUGUGAGGAAAAGGAAAAGUGCCACGUAGCACUCCAGCUUAAAUAA